GCCUGAACCCUGAGCCCACGAGGCUUUAGGAGCAGUGCUCAUUCACAGAGCCCAGGCGAGCCAGCGGCCCCGAGCCGCACUCUGCAGGAGUAGGAGCCAGUCCAGCGCUGCGCUUCCAGCUGCGUCUGCCUGGGCGCAGCACGUGCUCCAGGCGCUGGCGCGAGAGAGCGAGCGCCACCGCCGAGGGCCCGCAGCCGUUCUGCUGGCUGCCACUACUGCUUCGAUCGCAGCCACUAGCGCUUUAGCAGCAGCCAAGGCCGCUACGAAAGCGCAGGGAGCUUGUAAGGAGCGGCUGGCCAGGGGAACAAGGCUCAGGGCGCGCACCUGGUGAUUUCAUCCAGACUCUUGGUUUACAAAAAAGGACAUCCAUAUACUGAUGCCUCCCAGAUUUUUUUUUUUAUCAACAAUUCAGACCUCUCUUGAGAAACUUAGCCUUGUAUAUCCAGCUUCUUUAUCUGCAUAUAUUCAUGAAUUUGAGUAAUGAAGAUCAUGGUCAUAUGGAUGCAUUUAACUAGACGCUACCUGGGGACCCUGUUACUUUUUAGAGUAUAUAUCUAAAUUGCUGCUGGAUUCCAUCAAUGUACCGCUCAACACAGGGUGUCAUUUGAUUACACCUAUUGGAAAUCUGAAUUUCUUCCACCAUGAUGUCUUUAUUAGCUUGAAUUCCUUCCCUAAAAUGGUCCUUCUGUUGAUUCUGUCAGUCCUACUUUUGAAAGAAGAUGUCAGAGGGAGUGCACAGUCCAGCGAGAGGAGGGUGGUGGCUCACAUGCCAGGAGACAUCAUUAUUGGAGCUCUCUUCUCUGUCCACCACCAACCAACUGUGGACAAAGUUCAUGAGAGGAAAUGUGGUGCAGUCCGUGAGCAGUAUGGCAUUCAGAGAGUGGAGGCCAUGCUGCAUACCCUGGAAAGGAUCAAUUCAGACCCCAAUCUCUUGCCCAACAUCACACUUGGCUGUGAGAUAAGAGAUUCCUGCUGGCAUUCAGCUGUGGCCCUGGAGCAAAGCAUUGAGUUUAUAAGGGAUUCACUCAUAUCUUCAGAAGAGGAAGAGGGUUUGGUACGCUGUGUGGAUGGCUCUUCUUCUUUCCGCUCCAAGAAACCCAUAGUGGGAGUCAUUGGACCUGGCUCCAGUUCUGUGGCCAUACAAGUCCAGAAUUUGCUCCAGCUUUUCAACAUACCUCAGAUUGCAUACUCUGCAACCAGCAUGGAUCUGAGUGACAAGACUCUAUUCAAGUAUUUCAUGAGGGUCGUACCUUCAGAUGCCCAGCAGGCGCGAGCCAUGGUGGACAUAGUGAAGAGAUAUAACUGGACCUAUGUCUCAGCUGUGCACACAGAAGGCAACUAUGGAGAAAGCGGGAUGGAGGCUUUCAAAGAUAUGUCAGCCAAGGAAGGGAUUUGCAUUGCCCACUCUUACAAAAUCUACAGCAAUGCUGGGGAGCAGAGCUUCGACAAGCUGUUGAAAAAGCUCAGAAGCCAUUUGCCCAAGGCCCGGGUGGUAGCCUGCUUCUGUGAAGGCAUGACAGUGAGAGGUCUGCUGAUGGCCAUGAGGCGCUUGGGUCUAGCCGGAGAGUUUCUGCUUCUGGGCAGCGACGGCUGGGCUGACAGGUAUGACGUGACAGAUGGGUACCAGCGAGAAGCUGUUGGAGGAAUUACAAUCAAGCUCCAGUCCCCCGAUGUCAAGUGGUUUGACGAUUAUUAUCUGAAACUCCGGCCAGAAACGAACCUCAGAAACCCUUGGUUCCAAGAAUUUUGGCAGCAUCGUUUUCAGUGCCGGCUGGAAGGGUUUGCGCAGGAGAACAGCAAGUACAACAAGACUUGCAACAGUUCUCUGACUCUAAGAACACAUCACGUUCAAGAUUCCAAAAUGGGAUUUGUGAUCAAUGCAAUUUAUUCUAUGGCUUAUGGGCUCCACAACAUGCAGAUGUCCCUGUGCCCAGGCUAUGCAGGGCUCUGUGAUGCCAUGAAGCCAAUUGACGGGCGGAAACUUUUGGACUCCCUAAUGAAAACCAAUUUUACUGGAGUUUCUGGAGAUAUGAUCCUGUUUGAUGAAAAUGGAGACUCUCCAGGAAGGUAUGAAAUAAUGAAUUUCAAGGAAAUGGGAAAAGAUUAUUUUGAUUACAUCAAUGUUGGAAGUUGGGACAAUGGAGAAUUAAAAAUGGAUGAUGAUGAAGUAUGGUCCAAGAAAAAUAAUAUCAUCAGAUCUGUGUGCAGCGAACCAUGUGAGAAAGGCCAGAUAAAGGUGAUCCGGAAGGGAGAAGUAAGCUGUUGUUGGACAUGCACGCCCUGUAAAGAGAAUGAGUACGUGUUUGAUGAGUACACCUGCAAGGCGUGCCAGCUGGGGUCCUGGCCCACCGAUGACCUGACAGGUUGUGAUUUGAUCCCGGUACAGUAUCUUCGCUGGGGUGACCCCGAGCCCAUAGCAGCUGUGGUGUUCGCCUGCCUUGGCCUGCUGGCCACCCUGUUCGUUACUGUGGUCUUCGUCAUUUAUCGGGAUACUCCGGUGGUCAAGUCCUCCAGCCGGGAGCUCUGCUACAUUAUCCUUGCGGGCAUCUGCCUGGGCUACUUAUGUACUUUCUGCCUCAUUGCAAAGCCCAAGCAGAUUUACUGCUAUCUCCAGAGAAUUGGCAUCGGUCUCUCUCCAGCCAUGAGUUACUCAGCACUUGUAACCAAGACCAACCGCAUUGCAAGGAUCCUAGCAGGCAGCAAGAAGAAGAUCUGCACCAAGAAACCCAGAUUCAUGAGUGCCUGUGCUCAGUUAGUGAUUGCCUUCAUUCUCAUCUGUAUCCAGCUGGGUAUUAUCGUGGCCCUGUUUAUCAUGGAGCCCCCGGAUAUAAUGCAUGACUACCCAAGCAUUCGAGAGGUCUACUUGAUUUGUAACACCACCAAUCUUGGGGUGGUCACUCCUCUUGGAUACAAUGGAUUAUUGAUUUUGAGCUGCACGUUCUAUGCUUUCAAGACCAGAAACGUCCCAGCCAACUUUAAUGAGGCCAAGUAUAUUGCCUUCACCAUGUACACAACCUGCAUCAUAUGGCUGGCCUUCGUGCCUAUCUACUUUGGCAGCAACUACAAAAUCAUCACCAUGUGUUUCUCCGUCAGCCUCAGUGCCACGGUGGCGCUGGGCUGCAUGUUUGUGCCGAAGGUAUACAUCAUCCUCGCCAAACCGGAGAGAAACGUGCGCAGCGCCUUUACAACAUCUACGGUGGUGCGCAUGCACGUAGGGGAUGGCAAGUCAUCCUCUGCUGCCAGCAGAUCCAGCAGCCUAGUCAAUCUGUGGAAGAGGAGGGGCUCCUCUGGGGAAACCCUAAGGUACAAAGACAGGAGACUGGCCCAGCACAAGUCGGAAAUAGAGUGUUUCACCCCCAAAGGGAGUAUGGGGAAUGGUGGGAGAGCAACAAUGAGCAGCUCCAAUGGAAAAUCGGUGACAUGGGCCCAGAACGAAAAGAGCAGCCGGGGGCAACACCUGUGGCAGCGGCUGUCGGUCCACAUCAACAAGAAGGAGAAUCCCAAUCAGACAGCGGUCAUCAAACCCUUCCCCAAGAGCACAGAGAGCCGCGGGCCGGGUGCAGGGGCUGGUAGCUCUGGCCCAGGGGCGGCAGGCGCUGGUGGCGGCACUGGAUGCGCGGUGGCAAGUGGCCCAGAGCCUCCUGAUGCGGGCCCCAAGGCACUGUACGACGUGGUGGAGACUGAGGAACGUUUUCCAGCAGCUGCCAGGCCGCGCUCUCCGUCGCCCAUCAGCACUCUGAGCCACCUCGCGGGCUCGGCUGGCCGCACAGACGACGAUGCGCCCUCACUGCAUUCCGAAACUGCGGCGCGCAGCAGCUCCUCCCAGGGCUCGCUCAUGGAGCAGAUCAGCAGCGUGGUGACACGUUUCACCGCCAAUAUCACGGAGCUCAACUCCAUGAUGCUGUCCACUGCGGCGGCGCCCGGGCCAGCCGGUGCCCCUAUCUGCUCGUCAUACCUGAUCCCCACAGAGAUCCAGCUGCCCACGACCAUGACGACUUUCGCGGAUAUCCAGCCACUGCCGGCCAUCGAGGUGACUGGAGGAGUUCAGCAGACAGCAGGGGCAUCACCUGCCCAGGAGACUCCGGCAGGAGCUGAGGCCGCACCAGGCAAACCAGACCUGGAGGAGCUGGUAGCCCUCACUCCGCCAUCGCCCUUCAGGGACUCGGUGGACUCUGGGAGCACCACCCCAAACUCGCCGGUCUCCGAAUCAGCCCUCUGCAUCCCAUCAUCUCCCAAAUAUGACACUCUCAUCAUCAGAGAUUACACGCAGAGUUCCUCGUCGUUGUGAACCACUGAAAACUUCCCUGGGAUCGGCAUGAGCGGCAGAAGACCUCGGUGUCACACCUGGGCGCAGUGACACCCAGAGCCACCCCAACAGAGUACCUGAGGUGGACUAUGCCAAGGGCACACACAGUGGAGACACGAGAUCAGUAGUGCUAUUCCACAACCUCCGAUGACGACGACACCAACCACACAUCUUCUGGCAGAUUAUCUUCUAGUGGCCUUAGAAAAACAUGGGCUUUUAAGAAACACUGCUUCUAUCUUUAGAGUGCUGACCAGGAUUGGUUGAAGCAGUUACAAUACCAAGUUCUUUGCGCGAAGGCACCAACAGUGUGAAGCAGCACCCUGGACCAUGAAAAGUGGAGCAACUGUAAACAAUUUUGUUUGUUUACUUCAUUUUCCCAGAAGAGUCUUUGAUUCACCAAACACUGAAUGUACAUUUUCUAACAAACUCAAAAAUCUGGGACCAAAAAGUUAACCUUCCUGUUUUUUCCUUCCUUCCCCGGUCCUGCCCUGUAGACCUUGAAAAGCUAACAGUAAUUAGAGCCCGGUAUUUCCUGAGGCUUGUGAUUCUCCUGAAUAACACAAACGGGUAGUGAGUGUUUGCUAAUGGACAGAGAGUUUCUAACUGAGACUUUCCAACCAGGCUGUGAGAUAUUCUUCCAAAAGCCUGCACCUUGGAUUCCACCUAGUUAUUUCAGAUUCACCUCCAUUAACCAAGAAAACCAGUGCGAGAUUUCUGGACUAUUUCACCAUGUUGCCAAUCAAUACUGGAGUAGCAAAAAAAAAAAUAUUUUCUGGAACACUGUUUUGUAAUUCCCUCACUGGGGUGCAUUGUGUAGCUGGAAAUUCUCUUUGUAAUAACUCGGGAGCUGUAACCUGGCUCUCUUUCAUGAUACACAGGCACUCCUCUUUAUGAACGCCCUUCCCUUAGUGUUGCCAGCUGAAACAGUAACAUCCACAAUGAGCUUCCUCAUUUCUUUCUUGUAAAAACAUGAUAUACAAAGAGAUCCUCUGUUGGUGGUGAUUGUUCUGUCCCCAGUCCCCCUUCUGAAAGAGUGGUCCAUAGACCCUAUGAGGAUAUCGUCACACUUGGAGGGACUGUGACGGAAAAAAAAAAAUAGUACAGAAUCUCAAUACAGAAAGGUCAGCAUAGCAAACGUUUUGCUGUGCCCUCAUGAGCAGUGGUUUUAUCUUUUCUUGGCUGCUUAUAUAGGGCAGCUAUGAACUAUGACAAAUGUAGAUUUUUUUUCAAAGCAAUACGGAAUACUCAAACAGAGGAACCUUAAUAACAACCACAGUCUUUCUCAGCCAUUCC